AUGGUGAGGAGGCAUAAAUCUGUGCAGAAGCUUGCUAAGCAAGAAGAUAUGCCAGAGUUCCCUUCAUCCAAAGGCGGUACAAAUGUUCAAGUUCCGACUGCUGAGGAAGUUUUUGAAGAGGAAGUGGGUGUUGUUGUUGCAGAGAAGGGGUUCGACCCUAGGGAUUCUGGUCUUCCAUCAAAGGAGACAUUUGUGCAAGCCAAUGAUCUGGGUUCAAUGUCGUGGCCUGAAGAGGUUGAUGCUAGAUCGUUUCAAGAUUCAGCCAAAGAAAUCUGGGCUCGGUUUAGGGAAUCUCUUCCUUCCUAUGGUUGUACGAAACUGCAUUUCAUGGAGCCAAUUCAGAAGGAUGGUCAGCUAGUUGCUAAGCUGGAUGUUGAUGAGAUUGAAGUGGAAGCUUCAUUUUGGAAAUCUGCUCUGAUAUGUGUUGUGAUAGGCGCUAACCCUCCACUAGCUGUGUUUGAAGGGUUCAUUAAACGGAUUUGGGGAAAGCUUGGUAUAGAGUGUGUGGCUCGAAUGAAUGCAGGGUUCAUAAUGGUGAAGUUUAGGGAUGAAGCUACUCUUAAUCUGGUUCUGGAGUCUGGGGUGAUUCAUUUUGAUAAGAAGCCUAUAGUUCUCCGUCCCUGGACUACAAACAUUGAUUCCUUGAAGUCAGUCAAAUCAGUGCCAGUGUGGAUUCGAUUACCUGAUCUUGGUUUACAAUAUUGGGGAGUGAAGUGUUUGAGUGCUCUUGUUAGUACAAUCGGUAAGCCUAUAAUGAUAGAUAAGACUACCAAGGAUAGAUCUAUGAUUAAGUUUGCUCAAGUCUUAGUAGAUAUGGAGAUUGCAGAAACUCUACCUCAAUAUAUCAACUAUCUAAAUGAGAGGGGUCAAGUUAUGGAACAACCUAUAGAGUAUGAAUGGUUACCAACAAAAUGUUCUAACUGUAAGAAGCUAGGACAUACGGUUUCUACUUGUAAGUUUGUUUCUGAAGUAGCUUGGAGGAAGAAGGAAUCUAAGAGCAAACCAAAAAUUGACCCUUCUGGGGUGGAGGAGAUUGUUGUUCUGAAUAGUUCUGAUCCGAUGAGCUCUUCUUCGAUUCAGCAGCUUCAGUUAGGAUUGGCUCAACCAAGUGAAAGACCCAAAGAACAAAAUUGGUCAUAUCCGAAAAGAUCUGGGGUAUUGAGACCAGUUGAAUAG